AUGAAAAUCUCUUUUCCCUGGGAUUUUCUACAGCUUUGUGGCCAGGGCCAGGGCCUUCUAGCACGCUUGGGGGACGGGCUGCGUGUUCUGACCUUUCCUCCAGAGCUCUGUUUACUUUCAGAGAGUUCAAGAAGAGCCUACAGACACUGCUUGGCCCAGGGCACUUGGCAGACGCGAGAGAACGCCACAGAUGUUUGGCAGGAUGACUCCGAAUGCUCCGAGGACCACAGAUUCAACCAAACCGAGGGACAUCGUGACUGGCUGUCAAUCCUAAGGGUGAUGUACACCGUGGGAUACUCCCUGUCUCUUACCUCCCUCUUCCUGGCUCUCACCAUCUUCUUGUUUCUCAGAAAACUCCACUGCACACGCAACUACAUCCACAUGAACCUGUUCGCCUCUUUCAUCCUGAGAGCCCUGGUCGUUCUGGUGAAGGACGUCGUCUGGGACAACUCUCGCCCCACGAAUCCCAACAGUGAGGAGGGAUGGAUGUCCUACAUGUCGGAGAUGUCCGUCUCCUGUCGCUCUGUCCAUGUUCUCCUGCACUACUUUGUGGGUGCCAACCAGUUAUGGCUGCUGGUCGAAGGCCUCUACCUUCACGGGCUGCUGGAGCCCACAGUGCUCCCCGGAAGGCGGCUGUGGCCCAGAUACCUGUUGUUGGGUUGGGCCUUGCCAGUGCUGUUUGUGGUCCCCUGGGGCAUUGCUCGUGCACACCUGGAGAACACAAGGUGCUGGGCAGAGAACAGGAAUAUGAAUAUCUGGUGGAUCAUCCGAGGACCCAUACUGCUGUGUGUAACGGUCAAUUUCUUCAUCUUCCUGAAAAUCCUCAAGCUUCUCAUUUCUAAGCUCAAAGCCCACCAAAUGUGCUUCAGAGAUUAUAAGUACAGAUUGGCGAGGUCAACGCUGGUGCUGCUUCCUCUGUUGGGUGUUCAUGAGAUUGUCUUCAUGUUCGUCACUGAUGAUCAAGUUCGAGGAUCUUCAAGACUGAUACGCCUCUACUUUCAGUUGCCAUUGAGCUCCUUCCAAGGAUUCCUCGUGGCCCUGCAGUAUUGCUUUGCCAAUGGAGAGGUGAAGGCCGAACUGCGGAAGCACUGGGCCCGCUUCUGGCUGGCUCGCCACUCGGGCUGCAGAGCCUGGGUCCUGGGGAGGCACUUGCGCUUCCUGGGGACAUGUCCCAAGAAGCUCUCGGAGGGAGAAGGCACCGACACGCUUCGCACGUCGCAGUCCUCGCCCGACAGUUUGCACCCGGCUGCCCGGGGUCUGGGGCAGCUGGGCUCCCGGCCCCAUGGGGGCCACCCGCCCUGGCCCCGGGGCAGCAGCAGCCUGUCAGAGAGCAGCGAGGGGGACUUCACCCUGGCCAACACCAUGGAGGAGAUUCUGGAAGAGAGUGAGAUCUAGGAGGCCCGUGCUCUGGGGGACUCCUAGGAGGCCUAGGAUGGAGGUGUGUGUGUGUGUGUUGGGGGGGCAACAGUUGAGCACAGAACCAUCCUGUCCCCAUUCGCUGCACCCAUGUUGACGUCAGCUCUAUCUCAAGGUUCUAGGAGCUCUGUCUUACAGAGGCAGUGUGCCACUGUAACACCCUAACAACCCCCGCCAGUUCUAUUUCCCAGAAGGGCUGUGGGCCUCUGGGCCUGGCCCGACAUUCAGGUGUUGAAGAGAGGUCUCCUGUUAAACAGAGGCCAGCCGGUACCCUUCCUUCUCCCACGCAUGGUACACGGUUUCCUUCUGAGGUUGGAUUUAGGGCCCAUAAGGAUUCCUGCACCCCUACCCCAGGAAGCUUUUAAAAUGCAGAAUCCUAGACUCUACCUAGUGGAGACCCUAAGAAGGUGCAUCUGGGAUGACAGGAAGUGGAACUGUCUGUCAGCCCCCCAGGUAAUCUGAUGCAAGCCCACCCCUGGAGGGCACGGAGCAUGGUAUGAAGGAGCCAGAAGCCCCCCUGGUGAAGCCCAUGGCAGGAUGGAGCAGGAGGCUCCGCAUCAUAGCUGAGCUGCCAUCCUGGGCUGUGUGUGACUUCAUGUGGACCAUGGAGACCCCCACUCGUUUACCUGCUCCUCUCCCUUUCCCCUCUGGUCGAAUCUUGCCCCUCCCUCUCAAUUCUCUGCCCGUGGUCCACACAAGCUCUGUUGGAGCCACAGCAACCCCAUCUUUCCUCUGAAGAUGGGCUCCGGCUGCCAGGGAUCCUCUGGAUGUUGUCCUCAGUCCUUGCCUCUCCUGUCUGCUGUUCUGAGCCGUGCUUUUGGGAGGCUCACUUGCUCCAUGAUCCCUGGGUGAGGAAUACUCCUCCCUUUCUGGUUUGCUGUGGAUGCCUAGAGGACCACGGCACCUGCUCCAAGAGGAAAGUUUACCACUGCUCUUACCCUGACCCGGUCCCCGCCGAUCAGAAUUCUGUUCCCUAGAUGGUCAGUAGAUUCUCAAAGCAGAAGGGGGCCCAGGUAAAGCAACAGGACUGUGGAUCUGGACAUGCCGAGGAUGGCCCCAAGAGUCAGUCCCACAGCCCCUCACUGGGCUGGCCUGCCGGGGCAUCUCAGCUGUGCACCAGGCCCUGCCCUGUUGGAGCCAGAGCAAUGGGGGUUAGACUUCAGGGACUGAAACUGUGCGGCAAGAGGCCGAAGGAGGGACCAAGGGGAAGAAGGCUGUGGAAAGAGCAUGCAGGUGCAUGGGAGUGCGCUUUCGGGGUGUGUGACAUGCAUGUGCAGGUGGGUGGGGGAUGUUGCUGGGGACCACAUACCACCUUAUCUUAGGGGGAACAAUAGGAUACUUCUCCUAUAGGGGUGCCGGCUUUAGCGAACAGAAAUGGAAGGGACCUGAUUACCUUGGAACUUCAGCCAAAUGAAUAACCUUCCUGUGUUAAGUAAGUUUAAGGUCCAUGGCACAUCCUGCUGUCCUGGCAACUCUGGU